AUGCAUAAAUAGCUAAAUUAGGUAAUUCUUACAGAUGCUAUGAUUACGACUAGGAGUCAAAUAGCUAUUGCAAAAAAGGCUUUGCAAUCAAAUGGAGUUAUUUAGAAGAAUAUAACUGCAGUUAACAUAGUUACAUGUGAAAAAGUAUAUCAAAAGUACUUUGUCAAUUUCCUAAGGUGA